GCGGGUGUCCGGGUGGCCAUGGCGGCCACGUUCUUCGGAGAGGUGGUGAAGGCACCUUGCCGAGCCGGGACCGAGGACGAAGAGGAAGAGGAGGGAAGAAGGGACACGCCGGACGACCGGGAGGUCCGGCGGCAGCUGGCGCGGAAGAGGGAGGUGCACCUUCUUCGAAGACAAACAAAAACAUCCCUGAAAGUUUCUCUGCUAGAAAAACAUCCUUGUUCCAAGUUUAUAAUCGCUAUAGGAAGUAAUGCAGUAGCGUUUUUGUCAUCAUUUGUUAUGAACUCAGGAGUCUGGGAAGAAGUUGGUUGUACUAAGCUCUGGAAUGAAUGGUGCAGAACGACAGACACUGUGCACCUGUCCCCCACAGAGGCUUUCUGUGUGUUUUAUCAACUCAAAUCAGACCCCUCGGUUCUCCUUUGUCAGUGCAGCUGCUAUGUGGCCGAAGAUCAGCAACACCAGUGGCUGGAAAAGGUUUUUGGUCCUCAUCCAAAGAAGAACAUGCAGAUAACUAUUCUCACAUGUCGACAUGUCACCGACUAUAAAACCUCAGAAUCUACUGGCAGCCUUCCUUCUCCUUUCCUGAGAGCCCUAAAAACACAGAAUUUCCAAGAUCCUGCUUGCUGCUCACUGCUGGAACAGCCAAACAUUGUCCACGAUCUUCCUGCAGCAGUUCUGAGUUACUGUCAGGUAUGGAAAAUCCCUGCAAUUCUGUACUUGUGCUACACUGAUAUGAUGAAACUGGACCUCAUUACGGUGGAAGCUUUUAAGCCCAUCCUGUCCUCCAGAAGCUUGAGGGGUUUGGUUAAGAACCUUCCUCGAAGCACAGAGAUACUGAAGAAAUUGAUGACAACAAAUGAGACUCAGAGCAACAUUUACACUUGACCCAAAGGCUGUGAUGUGCUGUCUGCUGCCUGUGCAUUCAUUCCUUUAAGGGGGCAGGGGCACUGUUUUGUUUAUUACUGGUGGCUGGGGGCUAUAUUUUCAGGGUGAUAAA